UUAAUAUUGAUUUUGAACGAUCAUUUCGUCACAUGCUUUGAAUUAUUUAUUGUUUUUGUAGAACCGAAAACUAAAUAUGGCUAAUGGUGUUUUCGGAUAAGACAAAUUUUGGAUUCUUCAAUAGUCUAGAUGUAUAUUGAUGUGAUUAAAUACUGCGAAUUUGCCCUUUCCGAACCAGUUCUUAAUUUUUUCUCGUUUUACUUUCUACAUCCACAUCUACAUGUUACUUCCAACAAUCAUUAGCAAUUAUGACUGGAAGGCGCUUGUCUGGGCAGUGUUAAAUCAAACAAUGUUAGUCAAAACGUCCCCUAGUCAAAACGUCCCCUAGUCAAAACACCCCCAUUUUGGUCAAAACGUCCCCCUUUUCUGGUCAAAACACCCCCCUUCCAAAAAAUACCAGGUCAAAACACCCCCCCUUAAAAAUGAUAUAUGUAAAUACAUAUUAUUUAAGUUAAUUUGGUAAACAUUAUUAAAUUAUAAUGUUCAUUAUAUUGUUUUACAUGCAUAGAUUUUAAUUAGAAUAUUGUAAACCAUUAAUUUUAGAAUGUUAUAUGUUGUAAAAUUAUCUGAUGUUUAUAUUGUGUAAAAGUGAUAUUUCUGUUAUUUAUUAAUAAAAUUAAAUGAAAUUAUAAUGUUGUUAUGUUAUAAAUGAAAUUGUUACAACUGCAUGAAGACAAAGCGUUAAUGGAUCAAACAAGCUGUUUGUAAACAGGUAUCUAAAAGUAUAAUUGCACAACAAAUAAAUAAUGUGAAAAAAGUUAUAACUAUUAAAAAUGAAGUGUCCUUACAAAGUCAGUGUAGGAACAAAGUCAGCCUGCGUCAACAUGCCAUUGCCGGUGACUCGUGUGGCAACGGGCAACACAGAACCUGUGACACAGCUACCGCACAGGGGGUAUGUCUGCAAGUUCCUUGCUAAAAAAGAUGAUCACCAUUUACAAACCAAGGCUCACCACAACAGUUCAGGAUGAGGAAUAAUUGUGAUAAAAACUCACUAGCAUAAACAUGUCCCGGGACUAUGGAUUGGUGUACAAUUGUUGAGGUUGCUGUUGUAGCAUAUAUUGUCCUACAGCUGGUGAGACUUCUAUUUGCUGACUGUGAUUUACAGUUGCAAUGGACUGACAAGUUUGGCAGAUCUACAGGUGUGCUGACUCGUAAGGUAGUGUGGAUCACAGGGGCUUCUAGUGGUAUAGGAGAAUAUCUGAGCUACGAAUUAGCCAAAGCAGGAUGCCGAUUGGUUUUGUCAGCAAGAAGAGAAGGUGAACUUCAGAGAGUAAAGAAAGAAUGUCUUAGUUAUGGCACAUUAAUGGAUGAUGAUAUACUGGUGCUGCCAUUAGACAUGUUGAAGUUUGACCUCCAUCAGCCAGCAGUAGACGAGGUUCUCUCUAGGUUUAAGCAGAUUGAUGUUCUUGUAAACAAUGCAGGGAGAUCACAAAGAGCUCAGUGGGAGAAAACAGAUUUACAGGUAGACAGGGACAUGCUAGAAAUCAAUGUAUUGUCUGUCCUUUCACUCACAAAACUUGUGUUACCCCACAUGCUGGAGAGGAAAGAAGGACAUAUUGUCAACAUGAGUAGUGUCUCUGGAAAAUUAGGUUCCCCUUUGUCAGGGUCAUACACAGGUGCUAAACAUGCUUUACAGGGUUGGUUCGACUGUCUUAGAGUAGAGAUGUUUCCCAGGAAUAUAACAGUUACAAAUAUCUGCCCUGGACCUGUCUUCUCUAACCUCCUUAAGGGAAGUUUUACUGAAAAUUCUGGAGAGUUGUUGGGUGUGGAAAUGAAGGAGGGAGAAAAAAGGAUGAAUACACGACGAUGUGCGAGACUUUGUGCAGUAGCUAUAGCCAACAAGUUAGAUGAGGUGUGGAUAGCAUUACAGCCUAUUCUUCUCUUUGUUUAUAUCGGACAGUAUAUGCCAACAAUAGCUGGCUGGUGUUUCAAACGUGCUGGUGUAAAAUUUAUGAUGAAAUUCAGGGAAGGACAACACUGAUGUGUUUUGGUUGAUAAUGAUAUGCAUAAUUAAAAGUGGUAUUUUUUAACAUGAUUUUAUUUUUAUAUUAAGAAAUGCUAUAUGUGAUUACUUUCAAUGUCUGUAUGUAUGAAGCUGCAAAAUAGUCAUUUAAAUAUGUACACAUAUUUGUUCAGUGACUCAAUAACCAAAGUUACUGCAGCAAAUUUUUAGGACCAAAUUUUGGCAAACAUUCUAAUUUUAUACAAACUUCAGGGAUAUAUUAAAGUAUUUUUUCUGGUAGUUGAUGUAUGUUUUAUACCAUUUUGCACAGAUAAAUUAUACCAUUUUGUACUGAUAAUGGAAUAAAAAAUGACAUGUCUUUGUCUUAUCCAGAAGCUGACUUUCUAGAUUGUACAAUAUAUGCAAUUGCAAAAAAUACAGGUAUGACUAGUUUACAUAACCUGACAACUAACAUAUUAUAGGGGAUAUCUGUUUUGCUUAUGUUGGCCAGGCUGUUGGUAGGCUGUGUAGUUUCUGAUUAAUAACUGUAGAAUACCUUGGCCUAUAGCUGCCAAACUUCAUACGAUGAUGGCCUGUGGUUAGUAGGUGACCCCUGUAAUUUUUUGGGUCAAUAUGUGAAAGAUCUAGGUCACAGUGAGAUCAAGAUCAGAAAUGGUUUCUAUUAAUAGCUAGAGUAUAUUUUUGUCUAUGGCAGUAAAUUAAAACUUAAUAUGAUGAUCGUCUGUGGUCAGUAGAUCUCGCCUAUAGUAGUUGGGAUCAGUAGGUCAAAGGUCAGUGCCACAGUGCCUUUGAAUUGAUUUCAGUCAGUAACUAGUAAAGAACGGCCUGCUUGUGAGCAGAAUUACCUGUGAUCAGAUCAGUAUAUGUUCCACUUUGUUUAAUUAUACCAGAAAGUCAAAGAUCAUAACUCAUAGCACAAACACUUCCGUGUCCUUACAUCACAAAGCGGGGCAUUCACAUGUCUAGUUUUAUUGUUUUCAUUUUACAAUUUUAAUUUGUUUUAUGCAAUGAACAUCAUUUUAUAAAAAAAAAAAUUUGUUAUUUGAAAAAAUCUUUGGAGCCAUAUAUACCUAUUAGUAAUUUCAGUAUUCUGUUAUGUUGAUAUGUUUUGUGUUGUAUAUGUACGUUCAUUUGUUAAUCAUUGUGCAACUUUCUACUUUUACACUUUUAUGACUGAAAUUGAUUUUUGAUGCUAUAACUUUCUUAUUAUCCAAACAUUGCUUCCAAGCAUGUGUAAAUACUGUAACCAAAAUUUUUUUAAUUAUUCAUCAGUAAAAAUAUCAUUUACACUUCAGUAAUCAGAUGUUUAAAUUUUUAUAAUUGGCGCUUGGGUAAUUGGAAGGGUAUUCUACAUGUAUUUCAUUCACAGAAGAUUGUUUAACAAUAGUCACAACACUGUCAUGUUGGAUGCUAUGAUGUCAGAGAUAUUUUGAAAGCUAAAAAUCAUAUGUAUUAAUACAGGAUAUUAUGGUCCUCUUGUGUUUUUGCAGUGCCUGUAAUAACCUCAUCUGCAUACUUCUGUCUUUAACUUUUACCCUGCUAAAUUUCUAAAAUGGACUGGUUCAUCAUUCAAUUUGGGCAGUACCACUUAUUAUUCAAAGGGAUGUUCACUUAAAAUUAACUGACUGUGCAGACCAUGAUAGCCUACACGAAUGUGCAUGCUGAUCUUGGUCUGCCAUGGUCGCAAAGGCAAAAGCACUUGCCACCAGCAGGCUAAAGGUUAGUUAAUAUGAUGUCAUCCUAAAAACAGUAAAACAGUAUAAUAACUGACAGUAUUAUAAGUAGCCCAGAUCUUUAUUGUUCUGUUAUGUAAAUUGUGCCAUUUACACUUUGUAUGACACUGCUUCUAAGUUAAAGAGUUAGUCAUUGCACAACUGCUGAGUAGUAUGUAGCACAUAUUAGGUUUGCUGUUAAAUAAUUGUUUUAUGAAAAUAUUAGAGCCGUGCCAUGAGAAAACCAACAUUGUGGGUUUGCGACCAGCAUGGAUCCAGACCAGCCUGCGCAUCCGCGCAGUCUGGUCAGGAUCCAUGCUGUUCGCUUUUAAAGCCUAUUGGAAUUGGAGAAACUGUUAGCAAACAGCAUGGAUCCUGACCAGACUGCGCGGAAGCACAGGCUGGUCUGGAUCCAUGUUGGUCGCAAACCCACUAUGUUUGUUUUCUCAUGGCAUGGCUCAUUUCUGCAUUGAUCCUUGUAUAGUUUAACCUUCCAUUGCAGACACCUGUAUUAAGCUAACUUCACAAAUUGACAUUUUGUACUAAUAUCACCUUGGCUUAACCAACCACCUGUCUUAAGUAGUCAGAUUGUACAGGCUCUUUGGCAUGCUGCUUAAUACAGACCACUAAGUUUUAUAAUUUUCUAACAUGUGUUAAUAUUGUAAUCAGAGUUUUGUUUAAUAUUUCAUCUGUAUAACAAUAAAUGAUUAUGUAAUUAUAAGUUUAGAAUAAUCCUUUAUCAGCAGAUAUUUGCAUGUACAUAUACUACAGUUUUUACCUGGAGUAUUUGAAGAAUAAUGAGGGUUAUUGUACUUGUGUCAGGGUAGCCAUCUUUUUAUAUGAUGUCUAAUGUCUUCUUCGUUGCUUAAGAUAUUCAAUUGUCACUUGCUGUACUUCCUCAUAGUGUUUGAAGUUGUGUAACUCUGCCUGCAAUAUUUCCAGAGUUAUGCCCCUUGGUUAACUAGUUAUAAAGUCUAGUAUCUUCUUCAUUACUUAAGAUAUUCUGUCUAAACUUGCUGUACUUGCCUAUAGUGACAAUGUACAAUAAGUUGCAUAACUCUGCCUGCAGUAUUUCCAAAGUUACGCCCUUUUUGACUUAAAAAUCUUAUUUAAGUUUGUUGAUUUGUACAGAACCCAGUUUUAAUGAAGUGAUCACCAAUCUUGGACUUAAAAUCUGGAAUGAAGAUUUGCAUACAAAUUGCUGUCUCCAAAACAAUGCAGAUAUUGAAUUGAAACUUCAUACAAGGUUUUGAGUUGGAUAGAACAUGGUGAAAAUUGCAAGUUCCGUAACUGUGAAUUGUAUUUUGGCAGUUAUGUAACCUUUUGGACUUGAAAAAUGCAGUUUAAUUUAUCUCCUAAAGUAAUGCAGAUACUUUGUUGAAGCUUCACACAGAUGUCUGGUGCAACUGAACAAGAUCACAUCUUCAAGUCCCAUAGCUCUUACUUGAACUUGGAAAGUUUAUUUAUAUAUAGAAAAUUCAAAUUACUGACGAGCCUUCGAAUAGUUGAGUGUGCUUUCAUGAAACAGCAUUUGUUAUAAGAUAUCCUUCUGCAAUUGUUGGUUUUAGAACGGGUUCUAACCCUUGCCCUGCUAAAUUUCAAUAAUGAACUUGUCCAUAUUUCAAUUUGGACAGUACCAUUAACUGUUAAAAGGGGUGCUUAUCAAAAAGAUACUGACUGUAUGGCAAACAGUGCAGAUCAUGAUCACACUGCAUGGAUGUGCAGGCUGAUCAUGAUCUACACUGGUCGCUUUCAAGUUGAAAUCACAUAUGUUUUGAACUAUUUUUGAAUUCCACCUCAAACCUAUCAAAGGAAUAACUAUCUAAUUGCACAUAGAUAUGUUACAAUUUGGAAAGUUAAGUCCAGACUAUAUUCCUACUAAUCAAGUGUUCUAGAGUACAGUACGUUUUUGCAGGAUACAGAUCUAGAGUAAUAAACCUGGAGCAUCUUUAUAUUGUUUACUGCACUGUUUUGUGAUAUAUUAAAGCAUUUGUUAAGAAUUAUCUAUAGUCUAUCCUUGUGCACAAAUAUAUUUACUGAAAUAAAUAUUUUUUAAA